UUCAUACGACAUACGAGGGAGCUACUAUAUUUUUGACAAUUGUUCAAUUCUCCGUUGAGUUUCUGACUAGAGGCGUUUUAUACUGUGCAUCUUAGUAAGGUAUUUGCUUAGAUAUUAGGGAAGUUUUACGAAGAAAUCUUCUGUCGUUUGGAACUUCAGAUUUGUAACCAUGAAUCUCAACUAUUGGAUCGUUUUAACAAUUCUUUUUAUGCUAGCUGACAAAGUGAGAUUAGGUGACUCGUCGUACAACCGUCAGGAAACGGCUAAACUUGCAGCAGGUGCUAUUGUUGGUAUUAUUAUAGGAUGUGUAGUUGGAAUUAUUGCUUGUUGUUCGUGUAUAUGCUAUUUCUGUUGUAAUUGCUGUCGUAGAUCAGGUGGAACAACAAUUGUGCAACAGAAUGCUAUCGUUGCGCCUCCUGCUCCGACUAUUAUUAAUAUACCAACUGGGGGAAAUAAUAGCGGAUUUUCAAACGUUCCGUCAUGUCCACCAGCUUAUACUGCACAUUAAAAGUUUACAAGUAUUUGUUUUUCAAAUAUCGUGAAAAUUUUAUAUUUAAAUAAUAAACCUGUGACUUUUUUAAAUGUAAAAUUGUUUAAAUUUUCAAUUGGCUAUUAAAAUGCCUGAAAACCAAACUUAUCAUAACGACCACAAUUGGUGUUUCGUCGUUUUUUAUUAAUUAGAGACCGAAAUAAAACAAAUAUUUGUGUUUUUCAAAUA